AUGGCCGAUCCGGAGAACCAGAGCCCCGCGGAGCCCAGCCAGGCGGCAGCGGCGGCGGCCGAGAGCGCGGCCAAGCCCCGCAACGACUUCAUCGAGAGCCUGCCCAACUCCGUCAAGUGCCGCGUCCUGGCGCUCAAGAAGCUGCAGAAGCGCUGCGACAAGAUCGAGGCCAAGUUCGACAAGGAGUUCCAGGCGCUGGAGAAGAAGUACAACGAGAUCUACAAGCCCCUGCUCGCCAAGAUCCAGGAGCUCACCGGUGAGAUGGAGGGCUGCGCCUGGACCCUGGAGGGCGACGAGGACGAGGACGAAGAGUACGACGACGACGACGAAGACGGCGACGAGGAGGAGGACGAGGAGGCGGGCGCGGCGGCGCGGCGCCGCAACGACGGCCCCAACACCCAAGUGCCCGACGGCGCCUGCAAACUUUCUUUUAAAGAGGCCAUUUGUCAUCAGAACAUUCGUAUGCUGGAUAUUCUAGCAGCAUUGAUGUCAGAGAGACACAAGAAAGGUAAAAUGCUUCAGGCUGCUGCUGGCCGAACACAGCAGAGUGACUUACAGGAAAACACAUUUUAUCAAUUGCAAGAACACUCUAACAGCUUGUGUUACCAGAUCAAGUGCUCUGUUCUGCAUGUCACUGCCCGAGCCAUUCUUUCACGCCACUGGCAGCACACAGUAGGCUGGUUGACAGCAGCGUCCCCACGGCCACAGGUGAACUACGUCACACUACAAUGCUGCAACAGCUACGACACCACCAGGUGA